CUGAACUUUAACCCAAAGGCUUGCACGCCACCAAGUCUUCAUUUCGUGAACCUUUCUCAACAUGACGGAGACGGCACGGCCAAAAAGCUUUGAUUUCAUCAUCGUUGGAGCUGGAGCUUCUGGGGCUUUGCUUGCUGCACGACUUGCGAACACUGCAAGCCGGCCUUCGGUACUCCUCGUUGAAGCUGGAGGAAAGAAUGAUUCUCCCAGCUUGAGGGCCGAUGGUGAGAGGUGGUUUCAUCUUCGGCAUCCUGGGGUGAACUGGAAUUACAUGUCAGAACCUAUCGAAGCUCUCAACAAUAGGGCAAUCGGCUACGAUCGUGGAAAAGGUCUUGGAGGUAGCACCGCAAUCAACUUCGCCUGUUAUACCAUUGGUCCUAAAGCUGAUCACGAUGAGAUCGCUCGCCUUGUUGGAGAUGACGAGUGGAAGUGGGAAAAUGCCCAUGAGCAGUAUAAGCGCAUCGAAAGCUACGAUAACCAAAUCCCCCAGGGCUAUGAGAAGUAUGUUGCUCCGCAAGUUGAGGAGCAUGGACACGAUGGACCGAUUAAAGUGGGAUUUGGUCGUGUCGCAGAACAGUCUGCCCAAGAUCUCAUGGAUAUCUGGCUUGCCAAUGGCGCAAAGCUCAACCUUGAUUCCAACCUUGGAGAUCCCAUCGGAGUAUCCCUGAUAUGGUCAUCCGCUCAGAAAGGACAUCGAUCCACGUCCGCGGACGCACUGACAGGCGCCGGCACCAACCUCCAUAUUUUGACAGACAACCAGGUCGCUCGAGUCAUAUUUGAUGGGGAGACAGCUUCAGCGAUUGAGACAUUGGACGGAACGCAAUAUUUUGCAGACAAGGAGAUCAUCCUUUCUGCUGGUUCUGUCGAUACUCCGCGGCUUCUUCUUCACUCUGGCAUUGGACCCCGUGAUCAGCUCCAGGAAUUCGAUAUCCCCGUCGUCAGGCACAAUGGCAACGUUGGGCAACAUCUUCGAGACCACCUUCAUGCCGUGUUUUCGUACGAACGAGCUGAGCAUACAGACCAGCGUCACAAGUUCUACCGCAGCAAAGAACUACAAGCCAAGGCACGAGCUCAGUGGGAAGAAGAUGGCACCGGCCCUCUUGCUGAACUGGGAGUGGUAAUGGGAAUUGGCUGGUCGAAGCAUGAGGCGAUUUACGAAAGCAAAGAAUUCCAAGAAUUACCCGCGGACAAACAACAAUUCCUUCGGGAUCCGACGGUGCCCCAUUCGGAAUUUAUUCUCAAUGGUCUUCACUUGGAUCAUAUCGUGAACCCUGGAGGCUCCCGCGCAGGAACCACUGUGUUUCUGUUUCUCAUGAAUCAGCAGUCCGCUGGUGAGAUGCGAUUGACGUCAGCUGAUCCUAGCAUUCCGCUAAAGUUCUUCCCCAACCUCUUCUCACAUCCUUAUGAUCGAAGGGCAGCGGUAGAAGCCACGAGGGACAUGCUGAAAGUGAUCAAUAGCCCGGAGUUCCAGCGGGAUACCGUGGCAGUCCAGAACGCGCCAAAGUCAGACUCUGAGGAGGACAUCCUGAAUUUCUGGCGAGAAUCAAGCAAUACCACGUGGCACAUGAUGGGAACUGCCAGAAUGGGUCUAAGUGAGGAUGAGGCCGUGGUCAACAACGAGUUCAAGGUGUUUGGAGUCAAUCGACUAAGGGUGGUUGAUCUCAGUGUGGUCCCACACGCUGUCAAUAACCACACACAGACGACAGGAUACCUUGCCGCGUCGAUUGCGGCCAACAAAAUUGUGUCCCAGUAUGGACUUGAUGCAUAAGCGACUCGAGAUAGGCUCAUACCUGUAGACUGCUGGGAAUGGAUUACCAAGUAGCAAUUUAAUUUUACAGAGGGUGGUCAAGCGUGAGGAAGCACUAGAGGGUAGAUUGUGCACUGGUG